GCUUCAUAACCUCUAAUGUGUCUGCUGCCUGGUACAAGUAAUCCAUCACCUGUCCACCUCUUCUGUCAGGUGCUGUUGGCAGCAGCUGUUUGCACAAAGGCAGGGAAGGCCAUUGUCUCGAGGCAGUUUGUGGAGAUGACUCGAACCCGCAUCGAGGGGCUGCUGGCAGCCUUCCCCAAGCUCAUGAACACGGGGAAGCAGCACACAUUUGUGGAAACAGAGAGCGUGCGCUAUGUGUAUCAGCCAAUGGAGAAGUUGUACAUGGUUCUGAUCACCACCAAGAACAGCAACAUCCUAGAGGACCUAGAAACACUCCGGCUCUUCUCCAGAGUGAUCCCUGAGUACUGCCGGGCUCUGGAGGAGAAUGAGAUCUCUGAGCACUGCUUUGACCUGAUUUUUGCCUUUGAUGAGAUUGUUGCCCUGGGGUACCGCGAGAACGUGAACCUGGCACAGAUUCGGACUUUCACAGAAAUGGAUUCGCAUGAAGAAAAGGUGUUCCGAGCAGUCAGAGAGACCCAAGAACGUGAGGCAAAGGCUGAGAUGCGUCGUAAAGCCAAGGAGCUGCAGCAGGCCCGAAGAGAUGCAGAGAGACAAGGCAAAAAAGCACCAGGCUUUGGUGGGUUUGGCAGCUCGGCUGUGUCAGGGGGCACAACUGCAGCCAUGAUCACAGAGACCAUUAUUGAAACAGAGAAGCCCAAGGUGGCACCGGCUCCAGCCAGGCCGACAGGGCCCAGCAAGGCUUUGAAGCUCGGAGCUAAAGGGAAGGAGGUGGACAACUUUGUGGACAAAUUGAAAUCGGAAGGAGAAAAUAUCAUGACCUCCUCGGUUGGCAAGCGUUCUACAGAGGCAGCUAAAGUUGCUCCGCCAAUUAAUGUUGAGAGUGUGCAUAUGAAAAUUGAGGAGAAAAUCUCGCUGACCUGUGGCCGUGAUGGUGGGUUACAAAACAUGGAGCUGCAUGGCAUGAUCAUGCUGAGGAUCUUGGAAGAAAAGUUUGCACGGAUUCGCCUUCACGUAGAAAAUGAAGACAAGAGGGGGGUUCAGCUACAGACCCACCCGAAUGUGGACAAGAAACUGUUUACUGCAGAAUCACAGAUUGGUUUGAAGAACCCUGAGAAAUCGUUCCCUAUUAACAGUGAUGUUGGCGUGCUGAAAUGGCGGUUGCAGACCACAGAAGAGUCUUUCAUUCCAUUAACAAUUAACUGCUGGCCGUCAGAGAGUGGGAAUGGUUGUGAUGUUAACAUUGAAUAUGAACUACAAGAAGAGAGCCUAGAACUGAAUGAUGUGGUCAUCACAAUCCCAUUGCCGUCCGGUGUUGGUGCCCCUGUAAUUGGGGACAUGGACGGAGAGUAUCGCCAUGACAGCCGGAGGAAUCUCCUUGAGUGGUGCCUGCCAGUGAUAGAUGCCAAAAACAAAAGCGGCAGCCUGGAGUUCAGCAUAGCUGGGCAGCCCAAUGACUUUUUCCCAGUGCAAGUUUCCUUCAUCUCAAAAAAGAAUUACUGCAACAUCCAGGUUACCAAAGUGACCCAGGUAGAUGGGAACAGCCCUGUGAGGUUUUCCACUGAGACCACCUUUUUGGUGGACAAAUAUGAAAUCCUGUAACGCCAGCAGCAGGGGUCGCAAAGGAAAUUUUAAAAUUAAAAACGGCUCAAGAUUACUAUGACCGUCUGGAACGCCACAGCCCUCUCUGCUAGGACACAUGACUCUGUCUACCUACCUGCAGCGUCCUGGGUCACAGAUGGACUUUGGCAGAGAACUGGCAUAAUCACUGGGGGAAGACUGCAAGCUUCUUUGGCAGAUUUACAGGCCAGCAAGAAAGCAGGAUCUCCAUACAGCUCCCUGGCUCUGCCACCUCCCUUUACUUUCUCCCAAUCAACUGGCUAGAGCUCAGUCCCAGAAUGUAAUUUUAGAUCUUUGGCUUCCAUUUUGGUUUUGUGUGUUCUGUUUGUUUGUGAGUCUUGCCAUUUUAAUUUCUCCACUGCCUUCAGCCCUUGCUUACAGUCAUUCAGACUGGUGUUAAGAAGUUCUCUACAUGGGCCCCUGUUCCAUCGCAGCUAGACAAAGGCUCUAAUCAGACCUAGGUUUUGAAAGGUGGGGACUUAAUGGUCAUGGUACAGGUGCUCAACCCUGCUGUGCUGUGGACUUGUCGGUUCAGCUCUGCUUCCAGGCUAUAGACCUGCCAUUCAGCUAGCUGUCCCGGCGAGCCUGUGUGCCUCUACCGGGAGCGCAGUUAACUCCAGCUGCAGGGGAGGAAGCAUCUCUGCCAGAAUUCUCUGUUGCCGUCUCCUGUUGCACGUGGGGAAAAUGCUUAAAACAAUUUCACCUGUGUAGAUGAACCGUCUUUGACCUGUCCUGAUUCAUUUGAGGCUUUCAAAGUAAAUUGGGCAUUUUCCUAUUCCUGAGUAGUUUGUAAGUGGGUAUGGAGGUGGUUUUGUUCAGUGGCUUGAGUAAUUCUGAAUUUCUAGUCUGUUUGGGCCCCUGUUAAAGUAUAGUUUUCUUGGCACUUAGUGAGAGAGGAGGAGGGAAGCCUUGGUUCCAGCCCAGAGAUUUCUGAUAGCAGUCAAAGAUCUGGGAGUGCUUCUGAGUGUUGCUCUUGUGGAGCAAGGACUGUGCCUAGCCUUGUCAGCUGGCACUGUAAAGUAGGGAUGUCUUUGCUUGACUCGAUGAUCACUGCCUGCCCCAUCUGGGGAAGCCGUCUUCCCUUCAGAGCACCUCUCCCCUGCUUGAUCAGGGUUGUGACAUUGGGGGCAGGUCUCAGCCUGACCACACCUGGGUAGUGACUGGCUUAUCACACAACUGCACAGGAACUCGUAGCAAGACCCCAAAGUUGUGGGUGAACACGGCGCAUGAGCUGGUUUGUGGGCGACAGGAUGUGAUUGCUCACAAACAGCUCGUGUACGGUGUUCCGCAGUGAGCACCUGUUAGUCUAAGUGCAAACCAGUGCUUGCAGGGUCAUCUGCCAAAGAAGUUAGCGGUCUCUUCUCCCGUCCCUUAAUAACAUCAGCAAGGAACUGUAACCUCUGUUCUUUCCGUGGGAGGGUGAUGUGUUCUGGGGGAGGGGAAACAAGCCCUGUUCCGUAGUUAAGUAGACAAUGAAUCUUAUUAAUUCAGUUGUGUUCAAGAGUUGCUUGUCUGUAUGAUUUUAAAAAUGGAGUCCAGUUUAGUUUCAAACAUCAAACGAGCAUUUUUCUUAAAUUACUUUUGGGGUCAUAUUUAAAAAAAAAACAAAAAAAAAACAAAGUUUUGUAACCCUGUAUAAUAAUGACCUAGGGAAUAGAACACAUUCCAGUAUACACAAAGAAUACAGAUUCUUUAAUCAAAUAAAGAGUAUUAUAAAAGGACA